UAGAGAUUGUGUCUUGCAAGAGUCUGGGCGUGUCGACUCUUGAGGUUAUUGACUAGGGUUUUUGCCGCAGCCAAUUCAGGGGUUCAAUCAUCCAAAGAAGUGUUUCCAAAUACCACAGACGGCCAAGUAGGAGGAGCUUUGAAAGGUGGAAAGCCGCAUGGCGAUGCCCAUUGAUUGGUUCCCUACCAUAGUGCUUGCUUCACACACAACAAUUAUAUAUUAUUGUUGAAUAUUGUUGAAAGGGACUUGAUUGACUUGGUCACUUAUAUAAUUUGCUUUAUUUGUCCAGGUGUCAAAGACCUUUGGGCUCAAGAUGGGUAUUUUGUCCUGGCUUCGAGACGAUCCCCAUGCUUUUUUCUGCGAAACUGACACUAGAGCUACUGGGUUGGAUGUGUGCCCGUCAGCUCCGCGGCUGAAUGACUUCUUUGGCAAACCGACUUCUGUGGUCUCUUUUUACAGCUCUGGUCACAAGCAUCGCACGGAGGGAUAUUGGGCGGUCCCAAACGAGAAGUGCCUGACACAUCGCUCCCUGUGGCGUGAGCUGUAUGGAGCAUCGGUUGGGCCAGAACACUACUGCGUGAACCAGAACGCCAGCAAGGACUUCCGAGGCUCCAAUGGCAGCGAAGCAGUUCAGAAGUGCUAUGAUUUUGAUGACUGCCGAUCGAGGCCAAAGGGGACGAGUGGUUCUGGCCAAAGUGGUCACGGAAGAGAGGUUCGAUCCACAGAUCCGGACUAUCCCAACACUGUGGUGUUUCUGACACCAGAGGCCUACAGUGUGCCUUUGAGCUACUUCAUCAGUUGGAUGUUCCGAACCUUUGAGGAUCACAUCGAGGAGAGGUUGACAGUUGACAUCGAUUUCGAUCUUCCCGACACUUUUCAAUCACGUGAGUGGCGCACGGAUGCGGAACUGGAGAAGUUUGCCUCCAGCUUGCCACCAGGCCUUGAGAAGCUAGGCCUCAGCUUCGUGUGCCCCGACCAAUUCACCGACAGAGGCUUAGCUCUCAUUGGAAGCGGUCUUCCUGCGACCUUGAAACACUUAGCCUUAGCGUUUGAGUUCUCGUGGACGGAGUGCCACAUCUCCAAAGAGGGCUUUGGCAAGUUGGUGGUGGGAUUUCCCAAGGGCUUGAGCUCCUUGGACCUCACCCUGCGCAACGAUGAGCUUGGGGACGAGGCCUUGGAGAUGCUGGCCAAAGCUAUGCCUCCAAGCUUGUCGAAAGCAGUCAUCAACUUCAAGGACAAUGACUCCUUUACUGAUGCAGGAUUCUGUGCCCUGAUAGGUGGCUUCCCGAGCAGUUUGAAAGAGCUCAGCCUGAACUUCGACACCAAUGGCAGAUUGUCGGAUGUGACUUUGAAGACGCUGGCCGCAUGGCUCUCCAAGACGGGCGGGCUACGGAAGCCUGCUGGCGAAACGGCCCAAGUCGGCGGUGGGCCGAAGACCAUCGAAGACCUGUUGCAGUUCAUUAGCAACAGCACCCACCAAGUGAGCAAGCAAGGCCUCCAAGAGCUUUGCUCCUCCCUGCCAAGCCUCCGACAGCUGCGGUUGGAGUUCCAGUCCAGUGAUGCGCCUGAGCUUUGUGAUCAGUUCGUGGUGAAGGAUGAGUCUAUUGCUUUUGUCAAGGACAAGGCGCUCUUCUCCUUUCUACACCUGAAACCACACACCUGGAUCCACAUUCCUCUGCUAAUCAGCGACGCAGACUUCCCAAGUGGGUUGGUACCUCGAUGGCAAGAGCUUCUACAAACGAUCAACGCUGGUGCAGAGGCCUUCAAAUCGGGAGACUUUGGGACGGCCAAGGUACUUCUAGCAGAUGCUGCAGAGUCUGCAACCAAGGAUGAGCAGCAGGCCUUCACAUGUUCCUUGGGGAUCUCUGCUCUUUACAGAGCCCUGGCGUAUGCCUACUGCUCGCAUGUGCACGGGAACCAGAGGAUAACGAGGCGCCUCAACCAGAUUGGGCUUCGCUUUUUGCAUUUGGCCAUGAACUGGUUGACGCACGCCUUCGUGACGACCAAUCACAACCAGGCGCUCAUUGAUGGGAGCGCCUGGCCGAUCGGCAUCCAGGAGAUCAACAACGACCUCACGUCGGUGGUGGCAGCGCUCCAAAGCUCCGGAACCAUGGGUCAUUCCCCGACGGCCGCGGGCAAGAGCAUCCCGCACGACUUUAGGCUGCCCGACUUGCGUAUUGCCAUCGUCAGCCUGUGUGCUUACCCUCCUGACCAUCCGUUGCCACGGUUCUCAUCCUCGAACCAAGGUACCUACGCUGCCAGACACGGCUACACGUGCGACACCACGCGUCGCGGUCUAUCAACUUGUGUACUUCCAUGCUGGAACUGUUUACGUUCAUUUGGAUAG